AUGUUAAUAACUGUUAUAGGAAAUGAAAAGCUACUGCAUCCCAUUGCUUAUGCAUACUGCUUGGAUAGAAAUGCUGGAACAGAUUUAACCCCACUUAAUGCAUCAUACGGAUCGAAAUCAAGUGCAAAUCGUCGAAGUGCUUUCUGUGGCCAUGUUUUCAGAGGUGGAGAAGCGACCUAUUCUUGCAAAGAAUGUGCUUGUGAUCCUACAUGCGUUAUGUGUUAUGAAUGUUUUUUGAACUCUGUUCAUAAAUCACACAGAUACGGAAUGUGGGCAUCUAGUGGAAAUGGUUAUUGUGACUGUGGUGAUGUAGAAGCUUGGAAAGAGCAUCCGACGUGCAAAUUACACGAAGUACGACGAAAUGACGAGGAGGAUUCGCAAAUGACUGAUGUGCCAGCAGAAAUUACAGAACAAGUUGAAACACGUAUACGCUCAUUAACACGUAUUGUGCUUCGAUUUUCAAUUAAAAUUAUCUGUUGGCGUGAUGACGUGUUGCCGUCAUUUCUAAAGGAAAGAGAAGCAGAUAACAUUUUACCACUUUAUCAAACUAUUUUGUUAAAUGAUGAAACUCAUACCUUUGAUUCAGUAAUUAGGGCAUUAAAUCUUUCCAUACAUUGUAAUCAACUACAAGCAAUGCAAUUAGCCACUAUAGUUGAUCGUGAAGGUCGUGCUUCUGUACGUAACGGUAGUAUUGAAUACUGCACAAAGGCAAAAGAUGAAAUCCAGAGGCGUACUCAAAGGGAUUCAAAUCAUCGAACGGAAAAAAGUGGCCCACUAGAUGUGCGUGUUAUCGAUAGUCGAUUUGUUUCAUUACAGAAUUUUGCAGUACGUCUAAUUGGAUGGUUGACAAAUCAAACACGUCAUUUUCCAGCUUUAGCACUUACGAUAUGUGAUAUAUUAUUGAGUGAGAAAAUUGAACUGGAAGCAAGUGAUAGCACAGAAGAAGUGGAUCAAACGCUUAUGGCCCAUAUAAUGAGAUGUGAUAGUGUGCUAUGGAAAGGUGCAAGAAUAAGUUUUCAUCAGUUGAUUAUGGCAACAAUAUUGAUGAAUAAUGAGCAGAAAAAAGCUUUCUCAAAAUUGUAUAUUCAAUUAUACAAAAAGAUAUACGACGAUUUCAUUGAUGACGAUCACGAUCAGGCGGUAUCCAUCACGGCCUUAACCGUUCAGAUAUUUACCGUACCUACAAUAGCGAGAAUGCUAAUUGCUGAGGAAUCAGCUUUGAAAAUUAUAUUCGAUACGUUGAUCAGUCAAUGCAGAAAAUAUCUCAAAACACCAGACAAAAUGAGAUUUGAUUUUUCUGUACGAUCAUAUCCUCAUACGCUACGACGUGCUUUAUACAUGCUCUGUGAUCAGAGAUAUCUAUUGUCUGUAGUUCCUGCGAAGCAGGAUUGGACAUCUGCAUUACGUGAAAAUUUCCUUAGUGGAUGUUCGUCACUUAUACGAUUUCUUUCGUUUAUGCAGGGUAUGAAUGAAGUUCGUCGUCAAACCGCAGAGCACCAAGUUUGGGAGCAAGAAUGGGAGACUGCUUUCAAUAUUCAAAUCAAAUUACAACACGUCCUUACAUUGAUUAUAUGUUGGGCUAAUUCAGAUGAAAUUGUUCAUAAUCGUCUCAUGAUUCAACUUAUCAGCAAGUUGGAAGCAAUGGCUAAUCAUAGUCCUGAUUUUGCAAAUAAGAUUGUCGUAGAAGUGAAUGGUAUAAAAGCGACCUCCAUACCAUUUGAUUUGUCACAUGGUUUACUGUCAGUGCAUCAACCACUUUGGCGAAUUCUGGCCGGUUUAUUCACCGCACAGCCGUCACUGCUCCAAAAAAUUUGCGUUGUGAAUAAUACAGAAAAAGUUCCUGAAGGAAUGGUCAAUCUGAAAGGGAAGCGUGCACUUCUAAUGGAAAUGCCAUUACGGGUUUUUGUACUUUGUUCUCAAUCACAAGCGCAAAUGUGGCGACGGAAUGGAUUUUCAUUGGUAAAUCAGAUCCAUAACUAUUCUGCACCGACUUGCCGUGCUGAAAUGUUUGAUCGGGAUAUUUUGAUGUUACAAGUUUGUGCUGCAGUGAUACCACCUAACACGUUCAUUAUAAGGGUUUUGCACCGUUUCGGCCUACGAGUUUGGGCUGAAACAAAUUUCGAGGAAAUUCGCGCAGCUUGUAGCAAUGUGGCAUCCGAUGAUUUGAGCAAAUGUACGAUUACGCUAGCUGAGGAAAUGCUCCACUUAUUCAUCAUUAUUAUUGGAGAGCGUUAUAUGCCAGGUGUUGGAAAGUCAACGAUGAAAGCGUUAUUAAGACGCGAGGUUCUCCACGUUCUUGCUACAAAGCCAACACCUUUCAGUAAGAUUGAACGUGCAAUGCCGGUGAAUCAACUUUUUGCGGAACUUUCUGUGGAAGAAGCAGCUAGAAGUGUCGGAGACUUCAGGAAACCAACGAAGACGUCGCCAGGUAUUUUCCUAUUAAAAGACAGUGUAAGAAAUGAAUACAAUGCAUUUUUUUAUCACUAUUCGAAAACGGAUGUUUCAAAUGCAGAUCAGUACCGGCAAAAGUGUAUUAGCAAAGCGCUCAAAAAGGUAACAGAGGAGGAGACAACAGGAGUUAUGAGCAUAACAAUAUUAGUACGCUUUGCUGAGAAGCGAGAGGUAGCAAUAGCAGCACCACCGAUGUCACCACAAUUUGAACCGUUUUAUGCGCCUAUCGUAAAUCUUUUGCGCAGCAAAAUGAUGAUGCAGCUAUUACGUAUCGUUCUUGAGAGGACAGCAAGAAGAAGUCGCUAUUCAAGUGAUGGCCUACUGCAUCGAGCGCUUUUCCUGGUGGGAAUGGGUCUUAAUGAACAGACGAUGAACAAAAACUUCGAUUUCAUCAACUGUGCUGAGGAAGCUAAUGUAUUCACAUUGAUGAAGAGCUUGGUCGGAAAACCUGAAUCAGAACCGCAUGCCGGCCUGCUGGAAUAUUUGCUUGAGCUUUAUGAGAAGACAAAAUCGAAAAGCAAAGGAACUGUUGUAUGGCCGGAGCCGAAAGCAGAAGUGUCUGAAUCAGAAAUCAAAGCCAAGAAAGCGGCUAUUGCUGCGAAAAAACGAAAGCAAGCAAUGGAUCAGAUGAGUCGACUGCAGAAGCAAUUUGUAAUGCAAAACCAAGAUCUGCUUGGAAAAGAAUUUGUUGAGGGGAAAGAAUCUCAGAGACAUGAUGAUGAUGAAGAGCCAUUGGGGAUUUUGCCGCAAGAUAGCGGUUUUCCAAUAUGUUUGGGCAUUGAUCGGAGUAUUACCAGAUGCAAUGAUUGCCGUCGAAUUACAUGUAUUUUAUGUCAAGAAGAUGAAGAUGUGACAGUGAAUGGUCAGGCAUUAGUAUGUGCUGCAUUUAUGCAAAAGUCAUCACUGUUUGCAAGACUUAAUCGCCAGGAAGAAGCUGCAUUAGAAUUGUCUAAAGUAUUUAUGUCGGCUUCUCUUCGAAAUGGCCCUGGAGCUUCAACAUGUGGUCAUGUAAUGCAUUUUAAUUGUUAUAAAAAAUUUUCUGAGCUGCUGAAAGAUCGGGAUCGCGGCCGUAAUCGACAACUCAUGGCAUUCAAUCCGCGUGUGCUUGAUGUUAAUUCCGGUGAAUAUCUAUGCCCACUGUGUAAACGGCUGAGCAAUACAAUACUCCCAAUUCUUCCUCCUCUUGUACAAGUUUUUGCUGACAGAGUAGCUAAUAAAGAAAAGCACGUCGAAUUUGAGGAUUGGAUAAAUUAUUUCGUUGGAUUUUUUGAUGACACAUAUUCCACCAAAAAUGAUAGAUCAUUAAAAGGUCACAGCAAGAAGAGGUCACAUUCGGAACGAUCGCUGAUGGAAUUAGCCGCCAGUCAAGAAGCUGAAACUGACAAUACGCUGUCGACAUCUGUUCCCUCAACAUCUACCAUGUCUUUUAUGAUGGAGACGAAUCCUCAAACAUCACCGAAAGUAGAUGAAAUGAUGGAGAUAGAUGAUAAUGAAGAAAAUGCGAUGGAGAUGGCUAUGAAAAAGAAUGCUUGUUCUGACGGACGUUUUUUUGCAUUCUUAACGUCUAUUCCGGAUGUAAUGCACAGGAUCAAAGACAUGCUUAUUCAACCGGAAAAGCAGCAAAAUGAUGGUGUACGAACAUAUUUUUCACCGGCAAUUUCGGAUAUGAUGCAUUAUUUCCUCAAGCAAACUUAUUUGCAUUUGCAAAAUGACGGGACUUCUGGUUAUUUCAAUCGGGAAGUUAUGGAAGCCGUUUUUACCUUCCAAACUGCUGCAUUUUCGCUUCGAUCAAUUGCAACAGUGCUUCGCCGUGGUGGAAAGCCUUUAUUUGGAGCAUGGAAUGCCAGACAGCGUGAAUGUAUAUAUGCAUUGUCACGAAGUUGUGCUGCAGCGACAAUGAAAUGUCAUUCAUCAUACUAUUUCCGACAACUUCUUCUGCUCCAACUGUUAUCGCCACUUCUAUCACAUCGAGCAGCUACUGAUCAGAACCCCGCAACAGAUUAUGCCACAGAUUUAAAGCAUCCCAUUGAUAAGUCAUCGUUAAAGACAGUCGAAGCAAAAAAGAAAGUGGGGAUUCAUUUACCAGAAGGGAUAGAUCUUAGAAGUAUGUCUCAAUUGGAAUUCGCAGUUGUUGUUUUGAUAGUAGAAGAUAUUAAGAAACCAGUAAACAUCCUAACAAUCGAUAUGUUCUCACUUGCAGUUGAAAUGGCAAUGUGUGAAGGCUGGGAACAUAUGAACAAGAACAGUAAAGCUAUGAAUAAAGAAGAAAUUGUUACAUUUCCAUAUGGUUCGGAGAAUGAACAGUAUGCUAUAAAAUUGGCACUCAUUGGACAUCUGUAUCAAGUUUUUGCUACAUUUGAUGUUGAACCGGUUCUUUCAAAACAACCAACUUCGCCAUUUACUAUACAAGAGGAUAAGAUGUUGGAUGACCUACUUCUGCAUCUUUACACUAUUGUCCGUCCCAGACAACAGCUAUCAUCAAUAGUCGCACUAAAGAAGACACUUCAUACGGCAGUACUUGAAUUUCUACGUCCACUAUCACUUCUUUACCAUGCGCUUACACUUGUGCCACCUCCAGAAGCUUUAAAAGAUCCUUCUGUUAAUGAAUUCGAGCCUUUGUGCCGUUAUCUUGGUUUCACACCCAGUAUCAGCGGAUUUCUCGGUGGACAAUGUGUUGAGAAACUGUUUACAUGGUGGACAUCAUCACAAGGCGAUAGAUUUGAAGGAAGUUUCAUACGACAACCAGUUCUGGAAAACGCAUUUGUGCAAUUGCCGGAAGAUUUUUCAGAAUUAAUUAAUUAUGCAGCCAAUUUCAGAUGUCCUUCUGUUCCUAUCGACGAUCAUUCAUCAUCGGCACCAAGUUUAUGCCUUUUAUGUGGUUCAUUACUCUGCUCCCAGACUUACUGCUGCCAACGUACAGUAGAUGGUAUUACACUUGGUGCUUGUUCUUAUCACUUAAAAACUUGUACUGGAUCCUCCGGUGGUGUGUUUCUUCGAAUUCGUGACAGUCAAAUAGUGCUGUUAACAUCACGUGAACGAGGCUGUUUACUUCCAGCGCCUUAUGUGGAUGACUAUGGUGAAACGGAUUCAGGAUUCCGACGUGGAAAUCCGCUGCAUCUUAGUCAUGAGCUUUAUGCGAAAUUGGAAAAUCUCUGGCUUAAUCAAUCGAUAGCAGAAGAAGUGGCUAAUCAAUAUGAAAUUGAUCAUCGCAAUAUAGGACUUGAGUGGCAUCAUUUUUAG